AUGGGCGAGAAAUGCUCACCAAGUUUUACUAUCAAUACCAUCGACUUUAGCUCUCCGAGCUAUCGCCCGACGGAUGACAUCUGCCAAUGCAACCUCCCGGCCUAUAAUCUCAUGGCGGGAUGCUUUUGGUGUCAAGAGUGGCAAAGCAGCUGUCGCAACACGACCUUUGUCUACGGGAUCCCCUCUGAGUUGGAGACUAUAACUUACCCCUACUGGGCCACCCUCCAACCAGAUGGAACUACUUGGGUUGCAAAUGACGCGUUCGUCGUCGCUCAGAUUGUUUCUUCUACCUCCAGCAGUCGACGUAGCUAUUAUACGAGCUCCGAACCCUAUUAUUACAGCGGCUAUCGGGAAAAUCUCUAUGUGGUUCCCAUUCUCCUGAUCACUGCCAGACUGGCGUGGUGCGUGGUGCUAUGUAUCUUCUGGCACAGGCAGCGUGAUAGGGCCAAAUUCUAUAACCAAGUGGCAACCUACCAUCGCUUUGGUCCACCAGUUGGCUCCCAAACCGUUCCGCUCAUGCGAAAUCAAGAAUACAACCCGAUGAGCCCUCAAUUUCCCUCCCAACAGAAUACUGGGGCCGCUGCCUAUCGUACCUCUAUGUAUCCUAUCGCGGAGGCGGAUCAAUCACGGGCUAUAAGCUUUGCAGCCCCUAACGGUGGUCUUCUGAGGACAUUCGAUGCACACCCUGGUGUGGCGGAGGAGGGAAAUAUCGCCAGCACCUCUCAUAGAGCUCACGAAAGCCCCAUACACUCUCCGCUGGUUCCGAUUUCCCCUCUACCUGGCACUAUCACAGUCCAGGAAGACGUCAAAGGUAAAGGAAGAGCGACAGAAGGAGGGGGUUAUGCUCUAUAG